GCGACCGACACCCCGGGACUUCCUCGGGCGGUUGUUCAGAAGCAGGAGGAUGAGGAGACCGCGAUGCAAGCGGACAUGAAGGAGAUCAUUGAGACGGACGAGAAGCGAAACGACUUGGAAUCCUACAUCCUCACCAUGCGGGACAAGUGCAGCGAGGGUGGCCAGUAUGGAGCCUUCAUCAGUUCUGCAGAGAGGGAAAAGUUCGAUUCCGACUUGCUGAAGGCCGAGGACUGGCUCUACGACACGUUCGAUGCCACGAAGGUGCAGUACAUAGA